CGACUCAGGCUCAGGCUGCGCCACCGACUCCCAAGAAAUUCCGUUCGGUUGGAGUGAAAGCGCCACUGUCCAUGUUACAUGACAUAGGUGAUGUGCACCGUGGUGUGCAGCCUUUGUAUUUUGGUGAUCCAGGAGAGGGGAGCAGUGGCGAAGGUGCACAGAGGGAAGAGGAAGAGGAAGAGGAAGGUUCUCAAGAGGGGAACGAUGGUGAGAAUACAAUUACUGAUCGAGAGCGUCGUGGAUGGGGACAGAUGUUGAAUCCAGUGCAGCAUGACGUGGGCGGAAGGGACAGUCCUGGUGAGGAGCACUACGAAGAUUUGGAGGAACACGAUGAGGGGUGGUAUGGGGACAAGCCGCAGAAGGAAACCGGUGAAGGAUCUAUGCAGGAGAGGAGAAAGCAGGAAAGAAGAAGAAGUCAAGAAGAGGGGAGAAGAGAAGAGAUAACACCUUCCUUGAUCCCCGCGGCUGUUACAAAGAAGAAGAGGAAAGCGAGGGAAGAUAGGAAAAAAAACUUGCACCAAAAGAGAGGCAAGAGACAAGUGCUGCCAAUGUCAAUGGACGAGGCAGUCCAAAGUGAACGUGACGCUGCAGCUGCUAUGAGACAAAAGUCGGAACGGAGAAAGAAAGCAGCAAAGGGUGGUACUAUGGCGAAGACGGCUAUUUUUCCUCCCUAUGAACAACAGCAGUCCGGCGACGAGGCGAAAGGCAAGACAGCAACCAGGCCGUCUACAUUGCAACUGCCAUCAACUGAGCCUGUGACGUCGCAUCUCGGGAAAGGGUACUUUCUGGACUUCGAUGCUGACGGUACCCAGAAGAGCACGACGCAGUUCAUCACGGUCGAUCUCGCACAGAUUUUGGAUCUUCCUGAUGACGAAUAUAGGUAUAAUCAAAGAUUUCUAGACGAGAAUCUUGUCAACGAUAUUUACCAAGCGAUGGUCACAUCAGGCGAAGCGGCUAUUCGUGAAAGAAAAACAGGCGGGAUGGUGUUGUUGCUAGUUGCGCUCCAUGACCAGCUGCAUACAGAUCCGUCGGGUAAAGUUGUGCGCGCAACGCGAGUCACUCCUGAUGAGUUCGACGAGACAUCACUCGAACAAUACUUCUGGUACCCAAUCAGUGGUCAACACAACGUAGCAGCAGCAAGAAGAUGUUUCCGCGAAAAUCAGGCCGUGGCGAAUGAAUUGCGGCUGGAUACAUGGACAACCAAACCUGUAUACUAUCCCGACCAGUUCAUGGACCAGUAUGGGACGUUGAACACAUUCCAGAACGCAAAGGACAAGUGGAACACUCCACCUCAUCAAAGCUUCGUGGUUCGGGCCAUCAGGAAGUUGUGGAACGCGUCUGCUUGUCCUGAAGCGAAAGGCGGGCAGGGGGCUGAAGAGAAAAAUGCGGCUUAUAGAAAGUUUGCAGGGGAGGCACUCAGGACGACCGGCAUUCAGAUUUACGUUGAUAUGUCAAUCCAACAGCCGUGGAGUGCGGCAUGGUCCGACGCCCUUGGUCCUUACAUGACCUUGGCUAGGGCAUCGACCGAUGUGUACGAUGCUAUGAUGAAAGUUUACGCGGCUUGGAAACGCGAUCAUCUGCCAGGAAGAGACGCUGUGAAGCCUGCCACCAAACUGGGUGAAGCAGGGAAAGCUCAGAAGUCAUAUCCCGGUUACGAGAUAGUGGUCAUUAUGUCCUCCAAUGAUGGGGAAUAUCAUCGCAGCAUAAUUUCUUUGUUUGAAGAUAUCCAACUAACACAACGGUCUUCCAGUUCACAAGCAACUGACACUUUGACACUUGCGAGGCGGGAGCGAAAACCGAAGUUGCUGACGGACGUACGAGAGAAAAACUUUCAGCCAACGAAGCGGAAAAGUGCGGGUACGGAGCCGAAAGAGAAAGUCGUGUAUGAAGGAAUGGAAAGGGAGCCGAACGCAAUGGUCGAGAUGCUGGAGCAUUUCUGUCCAGCGGAUGAAGCUGUAAUGUUUCAUGGGAAGGGUCAUGCGGCUUUGGUGUGGGAGCUAUUGAAAAGUCAUCGCCAUUGCAUUGUCUUAGAAAGCGAGGACAUGAAAUUUGACUUCCUUGUGCAAUAUCUGAACACGAUGGUCGACACUCAAAAGUAUCCAGCAAAAUUCAUCAAGCCACCACCUCGCCAUGACGAAGCUCGUGAUUUCGUGCACAAGGUCGGUAAAAAUAUGGCAAAUAUCUGGGAGUUCCUUUUUCAGAUCCGGCCAGAAAAUAGGGGAGACUGUACAUAUAAUACUCGCAAGCGGAUAGUUGAGGCCCUUCUACGAGGUUAUCACAAAGCUUCUUCCGACAAAGAGAUUGCGUUCCUCGACAGGUUGGAAGUCAUGUACUUUAAUGCACAAAUCGGUGCUUUCACGGUUGCUGCCUACACGACUUGCUUUCCAAAGGGGGAACACUUGAAUGGUGAUGACUCUGAAGAGGAAAGUGUCGAUGGUACUUUGCAAGCAGCUUUGGCAAGUGAAAGGCAAAAGGUCACUCCCUCUUCUUCUCAGAAGAUGGCUACAAUAGGCACGUCAUCAAGGACUCCUUCAAUUGGUACUUCUGGUGUCGUGCCUGCCGGUGGGAUGACUCUUCCAGUAGGUACACCUCCUGCCGGCACCGCUCCUUUGGUAGCAGGAAUGUCAUCAUCUGCGGGAAUGGUGUCCGAUCCAGCAGCGGCCUUCAGAGUUUUGUUCAGCGUUGAUGCCUCUCCCGAACAAACAAGUCCGGCAUUUGGAUAUAACUGGCGCAUUGAUGAGGGCGACGAGACCGGUGGGAAAAGGGGACAAGGCCCUAGCGGUGGAGCGAGUGGGGAGGGAGGUGAACACCCAAGUGGUGACGAGGGCGGAGGUGACGAUGGAGGAUGUGAUAAGGGAGGGAGUGGUGAGGGUGGAGGAACAUCAGAAACGCCUGGGUAUAGUCAUCCAACAACAGGCACAUUAGAAGGGCAAGCCUAUCGUCACCAUGAGGGAAGCGUCAGUGGUGUAGGAGACCAUAUCGACAUUCGUGGUUUGUCACAGGUCAAGCUGUCUACUGCAGUGGAACAGGUUGACGAAGGAUGUGAAGGUGGGCAAAGUGUGACCACAACACUCACAGGUGUCACUGUGACAGAUAAUGAAUGGUGUGAUGGCAGCGGCGCAAGUGUCUUCCCCGUUGGCGAGAAGGGCAAUAUUGGUAGCCCACAAGGCCAUAUGUGGAUGUCUCUGGAUAUUUUGCCAUAUGGGUUGGGAAGCCAAGGGCGGUUGAGGGCAUCAUUGGAUGAAACCAUGUAUCUGGCGGAAACGGAACAGCAACUCGAGGCUCACACUCCACUUGAUGAAAAGACACUCAGAGGCGACUUAGAGAUUCCUGCAGAAUUUCAAAGUCCGAUAUCAGAGGAGAAGGCACAACGAGGGUAUAAGGAGGCGGGUACUGUAACAGGCUACCAGGAGGAAGCUAUGCUUGCGGAGGAGAUGGAACCGCGCGGCGAGCCUAACAGUCCAUUUGAUGAAGACAUCCCUGGCAGCGACUUCGAUACUGGUACCGGAGGGUCUCAGGAUUCGCCUAUUGUAUUCGAUACUGCUGGGAAGAACGACACUCUUGAGGGGCUUGUGACGAAAUAAGCAAUUCAAGAGACAGACAUCGAAGAGGAUGAAGGACAUAUUGUACUGACUACUCCAGAGCAACAGACACCUGUGGAGGAAGGACGAGAAAGUACACUUCGAACUCUUGUGCAGCAGUCCAGCCCAUCUGUCAAAAUGAUAAACAUCGAGGAAUCCCCUCUCACAUCAAGACAGUUCGGAGAUGCAAAAGAAGACGUUGCUCAAGGGAAAACCGCAGUUAGUCGCCGAGGUGAGCACUUACCUUACGAAGUUAAUUUAUGUGUAAUAUUGUACCUAAAACGAGAAAUGAUUUUUUGGUUUUGCAUGUUGUUGUGCAUUGGAACUGUUCCAUGUUUAUUUACAUAUAUGUAGUGUGCCUUACAGUGCGUCCGAAUCGGUAAAUGAAGUACACGAUCGACU